AUGCCGCUCACCAAGCUCUACAUCCCUGCUGCCCUCCUGCUCCUCGUGCUCAGCUGUCCUCUGUGGCACGUCGGCCAGUCUCUGCCGAUGAUGGGUAAAGGACCGAUGACGGACUCCUGCGUCUCACAUGCACGGACGCUUCUACGGAACAUCACUGAUGUUCUUGCACAGAAUGACCUGUUCACUGGGUUUGACUGCUCAAAGCAGAGUGUGGAGCUGAACAUGGAGACUGAUACACCAUCUGUGUGUGCACCAAAGGGAUCAACAUGCACUGGAACCACUAAAGCAGAAUUUGAUCAGAAAUCAUGUCUGGAAAACAUCGGGGAGGAUUUGCUUCACUACUACAAAUUUCUCGCAGCUCAGCCGAAGGGUUUGCUUGGGCCAACUGUUCAGCUCAGAGCCCUCAUGGAGAACUGCUUCCCGUGGUCUCUGUCCACAGACUUGGCCUCAAAACAGGCUCCUGCGGACAGUCUGAGCACCUUCGAUGAAAGACUGAGCCUCUGCAAAGUGCUGAAGGGCUUCCACGUCCGCACCAUCACCAUCAACAGGGUCCUCGGAUACAUGAACUCCGGGGAACACACAAAAUAA